UGAAUUAAUUUCACAACACCGGACUGACUUUGUCUCAUUGUGUGUCGCGUGUGUGCUGUGCACCGGCUGUGGCCCUUUUGUCGUCAGACUUCCCGGCUCAUGCGCAGGAAUUUACGUGAACGUGUUGUUAACAUACCACAACUGUAUCGUAUACAGCUGGUGUAUAUGGGGGGCUGGGGCUACAUCUGGACAGGUAGGCAUGGAGGACAGUGGCUACUACAGCCACGGCCCUCAAGAUUUCCAAGUGUGUUCUUCUGACUCGGCACAUAGUAUCUUUAACAUUCACUUCUCCGAGCUGCCCGCCUCGAAAUAUAAUUAUUUUCUCUACGGUUUUAAGGACGAGAAAGACUUUGAGGAGUUCAAGCAGGAUUUGCGAGACUUCCAGAAGCUGAAACGGUGCACGAAUGCCAGCAGUGAGGACGCGGCUAGCCAUGCCGCGCUGAAGGACCUGGAGCUGAUCUGUAGGCCCAAUCAUGUCUGUCAGAACAGGCGGAAGGGUCACCACCACCGGUCAGUGGACGAGAACUCAACUGUCCGCUACAGGCACUGCUCGCGGCAUAAGAGUCUAGAAGCAGACGCCGGGGCUAGCUGUCAAUGUGAUGGACAAACUAGACGUGAUUCGUUUGGAUUAAAAGCUGAUUUUGAGCGUAGGAGUGGACUUUUUGGCUUUGAUAAAAGAGGUGCUUUAACGUCUAAUAUUCAAGACAUUCUCAUGGAAUUUAUGAACGGUGACGAACAUUUUCAAGAGUUUGAGCGGGUAUUUGAUAAUGUGAACAAUAGACGCAUUGCUAAGGAGAUGGAUCAUUCUAGAGCUCUACAAGGGCCUAGCGGGAGUUUUCCCGACAAUGACCGACGGUCAAACUACGGCGAAGAAUCAACUCAUUUUACCGGUGAUAUAUUUUCCGACUUCUUCGACAACGACGAAACGUUUCUGGAAUUCGAAAAGGAGCUGGAAAAGUUCCGCGCGAGCAGAGCGUCAAGUCUGCUGGGCAGCGUGAGUAGCCUGGGGUCAAGUCGGGACAUCUUCGGCGACUUCAAGUCUUACUGUGAUAGGAACAUUAGGUCCCAGUCCAGCUCCAUGUCCAGCGUCACGUCAUGCUCGUCUGAGGAGGCCAGACCUAGCUGCGGGGACGACUCGCCCUGUCAUGGCCUCCCUUGGCGAUCCGUGGAGGACUGGGAACGGAUCCUGCGGAAGAUGAAACGGAACAGUCGCCUGAUGGUCGGCACGGACAACCACCGGGACGGCUAUUCCAGGAGCUCGAUGUACGGCCUGUCUAACGGAGGCUCCCAGCCGGAGAGAUAUCAGAAGACUCAGUCUCUGGCUGACCUGACCAGGUGCCACGAGCCUGGGUACGGGUCACGUGACAAUUACCGAGCCCAGUCGAUCAACAACUUACCGCAGGUGAAACAUGUCCCCGAGACAACAGAUUCUCACCUGGAGCCAGCAGACACGGGCGUGGAUGACACCAGCUCGUUUGACUCGUGGUCAGACGGCCCUCACGACGACACUCGAUACUCGUCCUCGUCCACGCUGUGUUCCGGAGACUUAUCCUGCUCGUUUUCAUGCUCGUGUUGUUCGGGCUCAGACCUGCACAUAGACGAGGACACGGACGAUGAGAUAUCUCUCGACUACCGCCACUCGCCCCGCACACGGAGUCACUCGCUGAUGGAGCUGGGCAGGCGACCUACGCCGCUCGGACUUCACACCACCUCUGCCGACAACCUCCUCUUGUGCAGACGACAAACCGGAAGUGACGUGAUCUUUUCGGAUUACCACCGUGCGCCCCCAAAGAAGAGUGGCGUUUUAAACGGCAGUGAAAAUAUACCAUGUGAUUUACCUCAUCGCGACGCCAGCCCCACCGAGAGCUGCGCCAACAGCAACAGAUGGAGCCGGGCCUCCUCAGCCUUGAGCAACUGUUUCUCGGACGUGGACUCUGACCAGUACCACACGGCCUGCUCUGAUAUCAGCGACCACUUCUCUACGGCCAAGUCAGACCUCUCGGCCUAUCUUCACGGGUCAGCCACGAGCCUCUCCUCGCUCGAUGAUGACCGCAGCCCGUCGGGUGAGGGCUUCCAUCAGUGGACGCCCGAGGGUCAUUACCACAGCUACCACGGGCGUGAGGGCAUCAAGAGGUGCAGUGACCGCUACAGGCCACGCUCAGGAUCGGCCUGUCAGUACACCUGUCAUCAGCACUGUGUCCCCGCUGUCACGCUCAACUGUAAAUCUGUCUCUGAUGACGGAGUCGAGGUCAAGACCCCCAGCCCCAUAGAGCCCAGGCCGCACCUGGAGACUUCGUUAUCACUGGGCAACAUCAGGCCAGGCUGUGCCAGAAGUGUGACCACCGCUCACCCUGCCGACACUUCCAUUGUCCAGUUACAUCCUGACUGUGCACAACCAACCGCCCCUCACCCAGCUCAAGUUGUCCAGUCUGACCCUGCCACUCACACCUCUACACACAAUUUAUCCAGGUCGGCCAGUGAAGGCUUUGUCACCUCACGUCAUUCUUUCCCGUACAAACCAGGCAGUUUGACCCUCCCUAAAUCUCUGGGACAUCUCCCAUCUAUACCAGUUGGCUCCUGCCAGCAGGCUAGCCUUAGGUCAAACAUCCACGGCCCAUCGUAUCCACCAUCCACCAACCUAGCAUAUCCACCAUCCACUGGCCUAAGAGAAGAUGCCACAGUCCAGGUCACUCAAGAAACUUGCACCAUCACAGGUGACAACAGCAACAACAACAAAGUUGAAGAGCUGCAAGAGUCUCUGUCAGAUAUAUCAGUCUGUCCUAACGCAGAUGGGGAGCCUGCUAAUGAGAAGGAUGAGACAGACAGUGGCUACAGAUCUGGGACUAUACCUGAUGACAAACUACCCAGAAUUCCUAGCCAAGAAACACUUGACAGACAGGAGCUGAAGAGGAAAGUGGCCAAGUACAACCAUUUUGUUCCUGCUGCUAGUCUAGAAGUGACUGACAAAGAAUCAUUCCAAGGUUUUGUUAAAGUAACUAUGAACCUCAUUAGACCAAUCACAAUGGAGCUCGGAGCGCGUCCUCCAUCAAUUUAUGAGCUUUUGACAAGAGAGCAUAUCAUUGAGGAGAACACCCAACAAGUGGCUUUCUACAUGCCUAGAGAUACACACAAAUCUCUUCACAUCACAAGUGAUACAACAACCAAAGAAGUGGUAACUACACUAUUGAAGAAGUUUCACAUUCUUGAUCACCCUCGCAAGUUUGCCAUGUACGAACAGGAGUUUAGUGACAGAAACAAAUUGGUGCGCUUGCGACGCCUAACAGAUAAAGAUUUCCCCCUGAGAGCAAUCUUGACAUGGGACCCAGAGAGGAUAAAAAAUUACAGAAUGGUGCUCCAAGAAAAUGAGACUGGAGAGAUUGUUUGGGACGCCUUCAGCCUCCCUGAGUUGGGAAACUUUCUCAAGGUUCUUGAUAGAGAGGAAAAGGAAACAAUUCUAGAACUGAAGCAUAAAUAUGCCUACAUGAAACAGUACAUGGAAAGACGACUUGGUGAACUGCGCAAUGAACGCAACCGAAUCUCUCAAACUAACAAAUAGAUUGAAGCGCAACAAUCCACAUCGUGCCAAAAAAAAAUGUUAAAGGAGAAAAGCCAAGAAAAGAAUUGUUUUAAGUUCUUGAUAAAAUCCUAAAAAUACUGUAAUUUAUAAAUCACAGCCAUCUUUAGCUCUGAAGGUUGUUGCCAAUGUUACAUAUUUUAACCUGAUUUAACCAGCUUCUGUCUUAUUUCGUUUUUUGUUAAAUCCUCAGCACUGAGCUCAUAAAAAAUUGAAAUUAAUUCUAUACAUUUUUGAAGCUCCAUCUUUCGUUUCAUAAGACAGAAAACUGAGUGUUAACUCGAUGUUUUAUUUCAGAGCACAAUUUCAAUUAGUUACAGGAUCACAAAUUGAUGUUGAUAAAAUGUAAACAUGUUGAUUUGUAGUUAAACUACUUAACCAAGCAGAGCCAUAGCCACACUUGCUAACUCUGACAGUGGCAUGACAAGCCUAGUCAAGAUCACUCCAUUCCAGUGCUUAGAACUCAGCAGAAGUUGUGUUCUAGCAACCAGUGCUUGUCAUCUAGAUUGUUGUUGCCUCCCAUUAUAACAUGAUUCAUGCGCCUCAGGAAUACACACUAGUUGAUUGGCUAUCAACUGCUGCCAUGUUCUGUUGACCACCCUGUUCAUACCUCUUGCUAGAGGAAAAUAAACAAGGAGCUAAUUAUGUUUGAAUACUAAAUAAAACUAAUUCACUUGAAUUUUACUUGUGAUGUUCGGUAUCAUAAAAUCCUGACAACUUAAUGCAACGUACAAUUUUUUCUUAGUUGAAGUGAGAUAAUAGUUUUUUGUUUGUUUUUAAUGUUAAAAUAUUUUAAGAAACUAUUUUGACCAUUACCAGCAAAAUGUAAUUUUGUAAUUUUUUUCACUGUUAAAAUUUAGAAUGGUUUAUAGUUAAUAUUUGUAAGAAUACAAUGUAAAUUUUUGUGUACAUAGCAUUAUAAUUUUAAAAGCAAAAAAAAAAAACUUUUCUUAAUGGUAUUGAGAAAGUGAUAUGUUUGCAAACAUUUUUUUUUACCAGUACCGGAGUUAAACCAGCAUGGUUCAUCUAUUUAUAGACCAAAAACUUCUAGUCUCAUGACAUUAACAGUAUUUUACAGUAAUGGUUUUUUUUUAAACUUUAGCAGAAGUAGAAUAACUGCUUUUUUUUCCACUUACGACUGUUACAAAUUAUAGAGUAUUAUUUUAUUGAUGUAUGACAAUUUUUUUAACAAAUGAAUUUUAGUCUAGUAAAAAAACACACCUGAAAUCUGAGUGGGAUUAACUUAUUUUUUUUCCCCCUUUUGCUCAUUUUAAACAUGGUUGAAAUAAUCAUAUUUGAUUGAAACUUUUGUACAGAUGUAACGAAUUCUACCACAAAUCUUCACUCACUUUACACUUGUUGUUUGUUUUCAAGAUUUGAUAUUCAUUAUAUUAAUUAACUCAUUUAUCACUUGAUUUUACAUUAAUUAGAAUCUCUCCUAAGUCUUCCUGAUCAUUGGUUCACAGCUUGAUUAAAUUGGCACUUUAUAAAACAAAAUAAGCAUCUUCUUAAAGAGGUUUCAAUAUAAGCAACUAGUGUACAUAUUCUGCAUGUUGGAAAAAUAAGUGGAAAGAAGUCACCUGUUUAUAACAUGUGUGUAUGUAUCUCAUUGUUGUGCCUUUCCUAUUCCUUCUUGUAAAUCUUAAGCAAUUAUUUCUGGAUAUAGAGUGACCUUUAAAGUUUCUGUACUGGAGCCUAAAGUUUAUGUACUGGAGCCUUCUUCAAUUGUGCACCAAAAAGUUCUUUCAUUAAUAGCUGUGAGAAUCAGAAGUUAAAUUAACUCAAAUUCAGGAUGUGUUGAAUAUAUUACCUACAAAAAUCACACUUUUUAUCAUUGUAAAUGAUUGUAAACUUUUCUUUUUAAAUAACGAAGCAAAUGAUUUAACCAUUUCUUGAUCAGCGCACAGCCUUGCAAAUAAGUCAUCAAAACCCCUUCACAUCCAUCGUGCCCAUUAACUUACAUGAAAACCAUGGACCACUUUACGAGUUGAAUCUUUCAGCUGAUAAACUUGUAAAUAUUGUUAUGAUGCAAUUAUUGUUCUAACAAAGCUGCUGUUGAUGAAAGAAAUUAGUUUGUUGCGGGCAUUUGGGUGUUUCCAUCCUGAUUUGCCAACAUCAGGCAAACUUAAUUUUUUUUCAUCAACUGUAGCUUUAAAAUGUCUUUAAAGCAUAAAUAUUUAUUUCAUUAACUAAUAAGUAAGGCAUGUUUUUCUUGUUAGAAGUUAGACACCUUUAAACUGUAAUCAGAUACAUUUUUUCUCUAUUUUACAUUUUGGAUUUGAAUUUUUAAAAGAUUUAAUCUACAGAAGUAUAUAUCCCUAUUGUAAAACUAUUUAAUGUUUCCAUAUUAUUUAGCUAUAUUAAAUCAAAUAAUGCGGACUGAUUUUCAAAAAAUGGAAUAGGUAAAUCUAAUAAAGAAAUUAAACAAUUGUCUGUUUGCAUUAGUAUGUGUCUAAUUUGUACAGAACUUCUGGUUAGGGACAGGUAUAUUUUAACUUAAAAAGCUGCUUUUAUUUUGUAAAACAAUUUUACCUUAAGAUUUUGUUUGUUUUAUUACUAUGUGUAUAUUUGGUCUGAGCAUAAAUUUUACAUUUAUUUUUACAUUAUUUUCAAUGUCAUUUUAUUAGCAGGUAAAACAAAAUUUCAAUGUCUAACUUAGUGGUAUUUUCACUUGAUUUUAUUAAUUUCUAAAACUAUGUUUUUAAAAUUUUAAUUUCUAAUAAUUUGUAGAAGUUUCUAGAUUUUAAGAUAGAUGUUUGUUUGCAAUGUACCAGCCUUUGAUACAUUUGUCCAUGAAAAUAAUUUGUCAGAUGUUAAUUUCACUUGAAUGCUUUCAUUUACCCCAAUAGAAUAUGCAUCAUUGUUACAACAGGUAAUUACAUGCAAGUGUUUGCUUAUGUUAUAUAAGGAAACUUUUAAAUAUAAAACAAACAAAAAAAAUAAAGUGAGAAUGAAAACU